UCUGCCAGAUCUGCAAAGUUUAAGUCACAUAAAAUAAAAUAGUACUAACAGAAUAGUACAAAGUUGGAGUUUUGAGUAUUGAGAAGACACCCAAAUCAUGGAAAUUGUUGGAAAAUUGCAGAAACAAUUUAUUGACUUCAUUAAUGCUUUGUACCAUGAGGGAUUCUUGGAUGAUCAGUUUCUUCAGCUUCAGAAAUUGCAAGAUGAGAGCAGCCCUGAUUUUGUAUUUGAAGUAGUGACACUUUUCUUUGAAGAUUCAGAAAAGAUUAUCAACAAUCUGGCAGCUACACUUCAACAACAGGCCGUGGAUUUUAAGCAAGUUGAUUCCCAUGUCCACCAAUUCAAGGGUAGCAGUUCCAGCGUAGGUGCACAAAGAGUAACGAAUGCUUGUAUAGCUUUCAGAAACUUUUGUGAACAGAAGAACCUUGAAGGGUGUGUGCAAUGUCUGCAGCACGUGAAACAUGAAUAUUUUCUUGUGAAGAACAAACUUGAGACCUUGUUGAGGCUGGAGCAGCAAAUCUUGGCAGCGGGUGGUACGAUCCCUGUCCUGUCAUAGGUGCUGAUGAUUUUAAGCCAUACCAAACUACAAUGAUAGUAGAGAGGAAGGGAGUUGGCAUUGCAAAUGAGUUUCAAGAUUUCGUAAGCUGCUUUGAUUGCUGGAUUCUAGUAGUUGUAGAUGUAAAGAUUCAUUGUGAAUAACAGAUUCCUAUAUUGUUAAACACUUCAAAAUUCCUUUCGCCUUUUGGUAGUAAGCUAUCUAUGUACUCGCAGUUGAAGUUUUUCUCCUUUCAAUGGUUAUUCACUAGGGGCAUUCAGUUAUCAGAAUUCAUUUGUUAAGCUUCAGCCAUUAUUAAGUACUA